AUGCAGGAGCUACUGGCACGUCAAAGCGCUAUAAUUAAGGAGAUCGAGAACAUCCACAUCAAUUAUAAAAAGGACUCCGCAAUUAGAAAAACGCCGGAAUAUUUUGAAAAACGCAUCGCAGCAAUAGAUAACUUGUGGGGUGAAUUUGAACAAAACAACAAAACACUGCAAGGAGUCGAAGACAAAUCAUCAGAAUAUUUCAAGAAAAACAUCUACUCCGAGGUAAAGCAUUUUUACACAACAUUCAGAGCCACCGUGACAGUGGAUUCAGAAAGGCCUGCGACACCAACAAUCUCGCAGCUUUCAACUCCCUCGACUUCCAAGGAAAAUGCAGGAACUCAAUUUCAAAUUCCAAAAAUUUAUUUUGAACAAGUCAAACCUCGACUGGACUAUCAAGAUAUUUUGGUACAGCAGUACGCCAAUUUUCGGGCACUAGAGCGGCAAUUAAAACGUAUCAGCGAACAAAACAUCGAAGAGAAAUGGGAGAUCGAGGACGAGCUGCAUAACCUUCAACAGCGAUGGCGUAACAUCGACGAACUUCACCUGCGCAUAGACAUUUUAUCAUCGGGAACCGAUACCGAUUACGAGGAAGCAUUCACCGAAAUAGAGUCAAAAUAUAUCACCGCGAAAAGAAGUUUAAAUCAAAAAUUAUGCUCUAACGCACAUGUACAACAAUCUUUGCCCCAGAUAGAUAUACCAAUAUUUACUGGUAAUUAUGAACAAUGGCCAACAUUCCACGAUUUAUAUACCGAAGCAAUACAUAAUAACAAAUAUAUCACUGACGCGCAAAAAAUGCAGCAUUUAAAAUGUAAAGUUAAAGGGGAGGCGGAGCGCAUAAUUCAACAUCUUCACAUAUCAGCAGAAAACUACGAGAUCGCCUGGGAAAUUUUAAAUCAUCGCUACAACAAUCCUCAGCUGCUUUUCACCAAACAAGUCGAAAUCCUUCUCAGUCAACCAACCAGUCACAAACAGUCAUCUUAUGAACUGAAGAAGCUCUACGACACCACUACCGAAUGUAUUCACGCCAUCCAUAAUUUGGGAGUGGAUGCUAACAGCUGGGAUCCGCUAUUGGUCCACAUUCUUUGCAAAAAGCUGGAUGUGGACACCUACACCAACUACCAAGAGUCCCGCAAGGAGCCACGGUCUAUUCCUACACUUGAAGAGUUCAUGACAUUUAUCGAGAGCAAGUUUACGGCCUUAGAGCCUAUUCAGCACAGGGAAAAGGAAAAUAACAUCACAAGCAAACAAGUUUAUCAAGCACCGAGAUCGUCAAAUUAUAACAAAAACUCGACAUGGUCGCAAUAUCAAAACGAACAUUCCCAGAAAGGACAAUAUCAAGCCUUUGUAACAUACAGACAAAAAUCAUGUCGUAUAAUCUGAAGUUGGCUGUCAACAGGGCGACCCUCUAGGUCCAGCAAUUUUCAGUCUAGCUAUUCACCCGGUCAUCGAACUCCUAAAUUCCAAAUUCAACGUGUGGUAUCUAGAUGACGGGACCCUUGCCAGCGACGCAUCUACAGUUCUUUCGGAUU